GGGCGAUGAGGCCGUAUCAUUUCCUGGCGGAGGAAUGAAAUAAGAAUGCGCAAAAGGCGGAGCGAAAGGGAAUCCUAUUCGUUUCGUAAACCUUCCGAUUCCGCUGGCAAGUCGUUGGGUUUUUUUUUGGAGCCCAAACCUGGUUUGACGCGAGGCAUCGGCGUCGAUCGCCGACUCAAGGUUUCCCAGCCCUAGAGGAAGUGCGGAGCGAAAUACCCUGAGAUGGGCGAUGCAAAGGAUGAUGUGGAUGCAGAGUUUCAAGAAAGAGGGGUGAAUGAAGCAGAUUCUGACGAUGAAGUAUAUGAUCAAUAUAAUGGCAAGGUAACUGAUAUUUCAGCAGCUCAAACAAGAAAAGGAAAAGAUAUCCAAGGAAUACCAUGGGAUAGGCUAAACUUUUCAAGGGAGGACUAUAGGCGAACUAGACUAGAACAGUACAAAAAUUAUGAGAAUGUUCAAAAUUCUGGAGUAGAAUCAGAGAAGGAUUGCAAGCCAACAGAGAAAGAGGGUGUAUAUUAUGAUUUCAGGAGAAAUUCGAGAUCAGUGAGAUCAACUAUUCUUCAUUUCCAGCUAAGGAAUUUGGUUUGGGCUACUUCCAAGCAUGAUGUCUACUUGAUGUCACACUAUUCUUUGGUUCAUUGGUCAGCUGUAACUCGUAAUAAAUAUGAAGUUCUGAAUCUUGCAGGGCAUGUGGCACCACGUCAGAAACACCCAGGAAAUUUAACUGAAGGAUUUUCUCAGACUCAAGUUAGUACAUUAGCAGUAAAGGACAAGUUGCUAGUAGCAGGUGGAUUCCAAGGAGAAAUUAUUUGUAAAUAUUUAGAUCGAGAGGGAAUAAGCUUUUGUUGCCGGGCAACAUAUGAUGACAAUGCAAUCACAAAUGCCAUUGAGAUAUAUAACAGUUCCAGCGGUGCUCUUCACUUCAUGGCUUCAAAUAACGACUCUGGAGUUCGAGACUUUGACAUGGAGAAGUUCCAGCUUUGCAAGCAUUUUCACUUCGAUUGGCCGGUUAAUCAUACAUCUCUUAGUCCUGAUGGAAAACUUCUUGUUGUCGUCGGAGACAACCCUGAGGGUGCAUUGAUUGAUUCUUGUACAGGAAAGACUGUCCAGAUCUUACGAGGCCACCUGGACUUCUCCUUCGCAUCAGCAUGGAAUCCAGAUGGCUAUACGAUAGCCACUGGUAACCAAGACAAGACCUGCCGUGUUUGGGAUGUUAGGAAUCUCUCCAAAUCUCUUGCUGUAUUGAGAGGCAAUCUUGGUGCAAUAAGAUCAAUCCGCUUCACCUCUGAUGGUCAGUUUAUGGCAAUGGCUGAGCCUGCAGACUUUGUUCACAUUUUUUAUGUAAGAAGCGGGUACAAAGAGCGACAAGAACUGGACUUCUUUGGUGAGAUCUCCGGUAUAUCAUUCAGUCCAGAUGCAGAGGCUCUCUUUAUAGGUGUAUGGGAUCGCAGCUAUGGUAGUCUCCUACAAUACAACCGCAUUCAUAAUUUCUCAUACCUCGAUUUACUCCUUUGAUACGAAAGUAAAUUACCGUAUCACGCUCCUCAUGCGCCCUAAGUUGUUUGAUGUCUCCGACCCUUUGCAUCGGUUAGGGAUCAAAAGGAGGUGGCAUUUUUCAGGCCUGUUAAGUUUCAAUAAGUUUGAACUCAUUCAAUGUAAAUGGAAUGUACAAAUGCACCUGUGAGAUCACAUCAAAAUUGAAAAGAAACCGAAAUGAAGGUAGCCUCCAGAAGCUAUCCUUCAAAAGAUUAUCUCCAUGUUUCUUGUUUUCAUCUUUUUCACAAUAAAAUAUCUUUGUUGUCAGUCCCAAA